GCCGGGACCCCGUGUUUUCGCUGCUUCUUCCCUUCCCACAUUUAGCUCCCAACACCACCCUCCUCUAUCAAAAUGCUUCGCGCACUCGUCGCGGCGCAGCUGCUGGCCAGCGCAGUUGCUCUGCACCGCCCGCACGACCUCAGAAUCCGCCAGAACACUAAGCCAUACACCAUCGACCUGAACGCGACGCAAUACGGCCUCCGCUACGAGGCGGCCGUCACGUUCGGCAGCCAGACCCUCAGCCUCACCGUGGACACCGGCAGCAGCGACGUCUUCGUCGCAGAAGACGACUUCCAGUGUGUCGGCCCGUCGGCCUUUGGGGAUCCGGACGAAUUGAACGACCUCGAUCAGUCUUCCUGCGGCUAUGCCAGCGGCGGCUACUCCACGGACCGGGAGAGCGACAGCUUCGAGGUCAUCGACGACGAGGCCUUCCAAGCCACCUACGGCGCUGGCAGCGCCCGCGGCCUCAUGGCGACCCAAGACAUCUCCCUGGGCGACGCCACCGUCCAGGACCAGCGCUUCGGGCUGGUGAACUGGUCGACGCCCAUGGGCUUCGGCUCCAGCGGCAUUCUAGGGCUCGCAUAUGCCCCCCUAACCUCUGCCACCGAGCUUAACGGCACGCUCGACUACGACAACCUCUCGGCCCAGGGCGAGAUCCAGAGUUACACGCCCUUUGUUAUGAACCUGGCCAACGAGAGCGUCAUCGAGCCCUUCUUCUCGCUUGCCCUCGAGCGCAUCCCGGCCAACGAGGCCAGCGGCGACGGCGGCGUCAUGGUCCUGGGCGGCCUGCCUGAUAUCGAACUGGCCGGCGACUGGGCUGUUGUCCCAGCUGAGCCCUACGAGGGAUAUCGGACGGAUAAGAACGGCAACAAGAUACGCUCAUACUGGGCCACCACCAUGCAGGCUCUGACCUACGGCGACGACGGCGAGUACACAACGCCCUACCAAACCAUCGUCGACUCGGGCUCGCCACAGACCAUGGUCCCUCUGGAAGUCGCGGAUGGGUUCAACAGCCUCUUCGACCCCCCGGCCGUCUGGUCUGAAGUGUCGCAGGGCUACAUCGUCGACUGUGAGGCCGAGGUGCCUUCCUUGUCCAUGAAAAUCGGCGGGAUCACAUUCGAUAUCAACCGCGACGACCUGAUUUUGCAGCAGGAUUCCGCCGGGUAUAUCUGCCAGUCGGCCAUCACUCGCGCGAUGGACAUGCCGGGGGAUGCUGAGGCCGAUGCGCGCCAGCUGCACCUGCUCGGCGUGAGCUUCCUGAGGAACGUCGUGGCGGAGUUCAACUGGGGGAACUCGACGAUGCGCUUUGCGGCCAGACAGGACAGUGCUGCGUCGUCGCUGGAGAUGCUGGGGAGUGGUCGUUUCGUGGUUCUUGUUGCAAUGGUUGUGUUGUUCCAGGGCUUCUUUUAAUGAUAUAGAGUGUCGAUUUAUAUUUGCAUGUAUUGCUUGAGGGCAUGCCAUGAUACCAGACUAGACCUGUUAUGAUAGAAUGACGUUUAAUUCAUUAAUCUAUUUAAUACCAUAUACACCCUUGCUA